AUUCUCAAUGCAAUUAGGGUGACUCACAUCAUUAGACUCUAAUGACGUUUCUUACGGCUUUUACUAAAGUAAAUCACAGAAAGUCUUAAAAUACUAUAGAAUUAGUAGUUCUAGAGAUUUUAAGGUAAAAAGUUAACAAUAAAGACUACAAUCAAUCAGACAUUUAUGUUUACAAAAAGAAAACAAAUUCAGCUGAGGUCGUUGAGGAUGAUUUUAAUUGUGCAUUUUGCUUGCAUCCCCCCACCAGAUAUUCAAACUCUUCUCUCCUUUCACUCAACUGCAGUAGUAUUGAAGAACGGACCUUACUACUUACUAUACAACUAUACUACUGGUGCACAGACCCCGUGGGGUCUCUCUUGCUGACCGCAACCAACAGCUAGUCAGUUACCAUCGCGGUCCAGUAACUGACGGAUCAGUUGCUUCACAUUUCGGGCAGUGUUACACAUUUCUAAGUUGUCAAGUCAUCAUCAUAUUCAUUCAAUUAAUGUCAAUUAAAUUAUUCAGUGAUUUUUGUAUUAUCAUCAUGUGAACUUUGUUAAAAACAAUAGAAGAUUUUAUAAUACUUUGCUUUCUUUGAUUUUCAAGUGAAUAGUGAAGAAUUUCAAUGUUUUCUGGAGAAGUCUGCUAUUUUAUUUUUUCCAUGUAAAUAGUUUUUAAAAUUGAUGGAACUGAACUAAUUAUGUCGUGACAAUUAUGCUUAAAUGGGUACAUCACUCACCACUGCCAAAAAACCAUACGACAGUGGUUACACCAAAUGUAGAGACAGUGAAAGUAAUAAAUGAACGAGAAAAUGAGAAAGAAGAGAACUUGAUUAGUGAACAGGAUAAAGAAAAUGAAAAGAAAGAACAAAAUGAUGAUAAUGUCAUUGUGGACACGUCUACAAGAAGACGCUUAGGGGGCUCAGAUCCCAGGGUUGCUACAUGCAGAGGAAAACUCCAGAAUAAACGCAGUAAACUCAACCAGGAAAUAAAUAAAGAGUUAAGGCUUCGUGCAGGAGCUGAGAACCUUUUCAAAGCAACCACAAACCGGAAAUUAAAGGAAACCGUAGCUUUAGAACUCAGUUUUGUUAACUCAAAUCUUCAAUUAUUAAAGGAGCAACUUGCUGAGCUAAACAGUUCUGUAGAACUUUAUCAAAAUGUCGAUGGUCAGGAGCCUGUUAUGCCAAUGAUUCCUCUAGGAUUAAAAGAAACAAAAGAUAUUGACUUCAGAGACCCCUUCAAGGAUUUUAUUUUGGAGCAUUAUAGUGAAGAUGGCGAAAACUAUGAAGAAGCAAUUGCAGAUCUUAUGGAAACUCGACAGGCCACGAGAACUCCAACAAGAGAUGCUGCCGGCAUUGCUCUCCUCUUCCGUUACUACAAUCAAUUAUAUUUCAUCGAAAGACGUUUCUUUCCACCUGAUCGAAGUCUUGGAAUUUAUUUCGAAUGGUUUGACUCCUUGACAGGAGUCCCGAGCUGUCAAAGAACUGUAGCAUUUGAAAAAGCGUCCAUACUUUUUAAUGCUGGUGCUCUCUAUACCCAAUUGGGAGCAAAGCAAGACAGAAGAAGUACGAAGGGACUUGAUCAAGCGGUAGAUGCAUUUUUAAGAGCUGCUGGGACUUUUCGAUACAUUCAUGAAAACUUUACGAAUGCUCCAAGCAUGGAUCUUGGCCCUGACAUGCUGGACAUGUUGGUGCAACUUAUGUUGGCUCAAGCCCGAGAAUGUCUCUUUGAAAAACUUGAAUUGCAGUCCCAGGAGUCCAGAAGUAUCGAUAUUUGCUUGGAUCUUGCUCAAGAAGCUGCACAGGUAGCAGCUGUUUAUAGUGAUGUCCAUGGAUUAAUAUCUCGUGAACCAGUUCGUGAUUACGUACCUGAAUCCUGGGUUUCUUUAGUCCUAGUUAAACGAGAACACCAUCUAGCAUUAGCACACAAACAUUGUGCAGCUGGUUUACUUAUGAAACCUAUUUCAGAGUUCAGAACUGAAACUAAACUCACUUUGGAACACAUCCAGGAAAGUGAUGGAAAGACACAAAUGGAUAAUACAGUCCCGAAGGAUGAUAAUGAACGAAAAGCAUUAGGAAGAGCUCAUCUACGAGAAGCCCUAGUUAUGCACGAAGAAAGCCAGAGACUUCAAAGAAUGUGUAGAGAAUUGAAGAGUAAACAAGCACUCGGCAGAGUACUCAAAAAGGCACAUGAUGCAACCCUAAAAGAUUACAAUGAAGCUGGAGAAGAGGACGAUUUAAGAGAGUUACUUGAUCCACCUCAUAUAAUCGCUUCAACAAAAUUCCAGUUAAGUAUUACUCAUCCAGAUUUCGGUCAACAUGGAGUUGAUGAUCUUUUCAAGUCUCUCGGUCCUGUAGCCAUAUUUUCUGCGAAACGACAUUGGACAGCUCCUCGGCUUAUUCAACUUCAACGUGGACCGGGUGGUGAAGGCUUUGGAUUUAGUGUACGAGGUGAUGCGCCUGUUAUUAUCGCAGCUGUCGAUCAUAAUUCUCUAGCUGAUCUCGGUGGUAUGAAAGAAGGAGAUUUCAUUGUCAACAUCGAUGAUAAAGAUGUAAAAUGGGCUUCUCAUGAACAAGUAGUCCAUUUGAUAAAGCAGUGUGGAGAUUCGAUAAGUCUAAAACUUGUCACGCCGAUGGAUAGAAAUUAUUUAAAGAAACCUGUAAAGGCUAGUCACCAUGACAAAGGAAGUGUAUCCGCAAGCAGUUCAUCUGGAGUAUCUUCUGGUCAACCGAGUCCUGCAGGAUCGGUGACAACGGCUCAUGUAGCCCGGAGAAUUCCAUGGAAUCCUUUCAAGAAAUCCAGUCAAAGGGAUAGUAGAGAUCUGACUUUUGAUAAUGUCAUUCUUAGAUGAUCUCUAUAAUAGCAUUCUCUCGUCAGUAAUUUCUUACUUGUAUUAUUGCGAAUAUUUAUUUUAUUAAUUGGAAUGAACAUUUCGCCAUAUUACGGAAUAAUGUAAUUAUAAAUAAAAAUAAUAUUAUUAGAACUUGCCUCAGUGAUCCAUCGGUAAUCAAUCAAUUGAAGAGAAUAUGAGUUAAAUCAAAUAAUUAAACUUAUGAUGUAAAUAGUGGAUUUAUUUCUAAACAAAAAAAAA